GAAGUCAGAAUUCAGAAAAUACCUACAAUAUAAAAUAUUAUAUUAGUAUGAAAUUUAAUGUAUUCUGUGGUAGGGUGUUAAUAGUUUAAUAAUUAAAAUUUUUAAUUUUUGAUAUCAACUAAUAAUAUAUUUUACUUUCAACACAGAAUAUAUGAAUACUAAUUAUUAUAAUAUAUAAUAUAUGGUUUAAAAUACUGUAUAGCUUUAUAGGAAUAUACAAAUAUGAACGAGGAAAAUACAGACACAAAACCCAAAGAUUUGGAUUUAUGGAUGAUACGUCCAUGUGAAAUGUAUAACACUGAGUAUGGUGAGUGUACUUCAAUAUCAUCAAGAUUACAUCAGAUGUUUGUUCAUGGAAGUACAGUAGAUUGCAACCAUUGGCAUGCUGACUAUACAAAUUGUUUAAAAUGGAAAAAUGACAAAAAUAUUCAAGCAGCUGAAACCUUGGUUAAUAGUGAAAAAAAAAAGAGAAACAAUCGAUGGAAAUCAUACUAUGCAAAUAAUGUAUGGGAAAAUAGAACUAGUCCACCAGAAAACUGGAAUGAACCAUUGCCAGAUUAUAUAGCAAAACGAAGACAAAAUUCAACAUUAAAGGAUACAUUUGAUGAGUGCAAUGCAGAAAUAGAUAAUAAAUCAUUUUGUUCAAUAAUGUGAAAUUUGUAUACGAAUAUUUUCUUAAGUUGGUUAAUGUUAUCAUAUUAUUUAGUAAUUAUGAGGUUUUUAUUUAGAAACCAACUGUUGAAAAUAAAAUAGUAUUCUAUCAGUUAUAUCAUAUGCGAUUCUUGAAUAAUAUACAAUACAAUUAUUGUA